UCCUUGCCAUACCUGUUUUCUAUUUUGUCCCUGUUAUCCCACCAACAUAGGAAGAUAAAUAGAAUGUCAAACUACUGAAUUCUAGGAUCUCCAACAGCCAUUAGCCAAACAUUAAUUUUCUAAAAAUGACAGACCAAUCCCAGAGCUAUGGGGAACAAGGCUAAGCUUUUUACUGCCAAACAUUUUCGUGGAAAGCUAACCUCUCUUCUCCAUCUGUUUCUGUUCAUUUGUUUCCCACACUUCUUUUAGUUUUCUAUGAAAAAACUAAUCCCCAACUCUAAAUUGGUUUUCAAAAACUACUUUAUUUUUAUUUUUAAUUGUGCAGACAGACUUUUAGGGUGCUCUUCCAAAUGUGGGUAUUUUUGUUCAUCAGUUUCUAGAGGUGGGUCGUGAACUAUAUAUAUUUAAAUUGGUUGGAAUCUAUCCUUUUACAUUGUCGUAAGAAGUAGAUAUGGGUAUUGAUGUAAAGGGUGUUGAAGCUUGGAUUUGUAGAAUCCUUGAGUUUUCCAUCAAUAUCAGCUAUAGAUUUAUACAGAAUCAUCCAUUUGUAUUUUCGGUUUCUGUGUCCUUCUUCCUUGUAUACAUAUUUCUUCCUUUCAUCCUCAACUUCUUGGCCUACACUUCCCCAUUUAUAUUUUGUAUUGCUAUUCUUCUUAGAAUCUUCUGGAGUUCGGAGCAGUCCUACAUCCGUUGUGUCAAAGGAGAUGGAAGAAGGAAAAAUGGGAUGUUACACAAGAAUUCUGGGUCUGUUGAAUAUGAUAUUGCUUUCAACAGAAAUGAUUGCUCUUACUUACGAAGGGGAACAAGUAGGCGAAGAAAGAACAGAGAAAUGGAUGAACAAACUGGUAAGAACGAAGAAGAAAGUUACUCUUCUAAACAUGGAGCUUCUACUGAUGACUCGGCAGCUGAAGAUAUUCGAAUUCUUGAUAAACAUCUCCCAUUCUUAUCUUCCGAAGAUUUAGAGUCCCAAAUCAAGUCAAGUGAUGGCACACCACAAGCUUGUCAAUUUGAUGUUGGUGGUACUAGGAUAGAGGCUUCCAACAUGGAAGAAGCAGACGAUGAUGAUGAAGAGGAGACACAGGAUAAUAGGAAUAGUGCUGUGAAAUGGACAGAGGAUGAUCAGAAAAAUCUUAUGGAUUUGGGUUUUUCAGAGAUAGAAAGGAACAGGAGGCUGGAAAGUCUAAUUGCAAAAAGAAGAGCGAGAAAGUUAUUUAGCAUGCAGGUUGAAAGGGGAUGGGGUGGCAUGCGCGGUGUUCCUUCUAGUCAAAUUUCUCCAAUUUUUCUUGCAAGAAACAACACUAUUGAUCUAAGCGUUCUAGAUGAAACUGAAGGCUUAGAAUUUCCUGAUACAGCUCCUUCUAUUUUGUUUCCAAAACAGAACCCAUUCGACCUUCCCUAUGACCCACUUGAGGAAAAGCCUAAUCUCCGUGGAGAUAGUUUUCAUCAAGAAUUCAUGGCAGCUCAUAAGGAAACGCUAUUCUGCAGGCAUGAAAGCUUCAGUUUAGGACCCUCUUUCCCAUUGGAAUCCAAGCAAGAACGUCGUGGCAAAAACUUUAACCCUUUUUAUGUUGCAGAGAAGAAAGGGGUGUUGGAGGGAUCGGGAUACUACAAAUUCUAUAGGCAGACAAGAACUGGAGACCAUGAUCAGCGAAUGGAACAAUUAUUAUUACAUAAAGAAGAUAUUCAUGGCAACCCUGAUCUUGUUGAAACUGGAGCAGAAGCUCCCAAUCAGAUAAUAAACUCAGUGGAAAUCACGCAUGAAGAGGAUAAAAAUACCAAAAAUGACCCGAAUGACAUCAAAGGAGAGGAGGAAAUGGAAAGAUCUCACGGCAUGGAGUCGUUAAGCAGCAGUGAUGAGUCAAACUCAUUAUCUUCAUCUGAAGAAAAUGAACAGAACUUCAAUGCUUAUGUAGCUGGGGUUUUAGAAGAUGUGGAAUCAAAUCCUGCUCAAAAAUCUACAAGUUGUCUACUGGUUGAGCCUGAAAAUGACCCAUUUGAUUGUAGCCUAUCAGCAAAUGAAAUGAACAGAAGGGGUGACCAGCGUUUUUUUGCUGGUCAGUGCUCUUAUCAUACUUCAAACUGCUCCAUAGCUUCCGAUUUGCAAGUGGAGGUCUCAGAAGUUGGUUCACCUCCACUAACAGUAGAUGGCUCCAAUUCAGCCACAGAUGGAGAAUCAUUGACAUAUGAUGAGGAAAGUGAAAAGGAAAACACUUUUGGCAGUGAAGAAAUGUGGGGAGCCUCGUCUCGGCGAUCUGGAAUAGAGGAAAAUGAAGAAGUAUCAAGAGGAACACAUGAAGUCAGCCAGGGGGAUAUUGUAGGAUUAGAAUUGUCCCGAGCCAACGAGACUUCCGAGGAUGUUGUUGCGUCACCUAUAAAUCCACUAAAGGUAGAUGAUCAAGAAUCAACUGAUGUGAGUUCAUUGUCAUCCUCAACAAUAGACAUAUCUGGAGACAGUCAAGCUUGGUCAAUAAACAUUGACCCCAAAAUCCAUGAUGAUGUCAAACAAGUAGUUGAAAGAGUUUUGGAACCCAAAUCCCAGUUUUCUGAUUAUUCAGAUCCGUCUUCAUUUGGAAAUCUGAAACAAACAAUGCCAUUGGAGUUGGUGCCUCAUUCAUACGAAGUUUAUUCUGAAAAACCAGAGGAACCAUGCAAUCCUCCAGAGAAGUCAACUGAAGAAACAAGCACUGUUGACAACUUGAAUGAACCCAAGCCUGAUGACAAGGAUGGAAACGAAAAUUCACAAUCUUAUCAAGCCAUCAAAGAUGGAUCAGAAACAUGGAUAAGUAACACAGCUAGCACUGGCCUAUCAAAACCAAUAGAAGACAACAAUAACAUACUUGGGACAAUGGAACCAGGGAAGUUUAUUGCAGAAGCCAGCACUAUUUACAAAGUCAAUGACCCAAUAGUCAGUGAGAAGGGAGACAACGAGAAACAGAAUGCGACACCAAUAAAAUCAUGGGAGGAGAUCGACGAUUCAAGAACCGAAGAAGAAACAGAAGAUUCAAGAAAACUACAUGAACAUGACACCAUAAUUCACCUGCCAAAGUCUGGUGAUACUACAUGUAAUUGGGAAGAAUCUCAAAAGUUGACAGAAUGUGAAGCGGUAGAUCCAUCGAAACUUGCUGGUGAAAAGGAAAAUCCGGACGUCCAUGCAAUUAUUGUAGAAGAGGACCCGUCUAAUCCUGAUCUUCCAAUUAAGUCUAUCUCAGAAAGUUGAUUGACCAUAUAUAAAUGUCACUGAUCGGCCAAACAAAGUUGAGGGCCAUGAUAGAUCAGACGCAGUGGAGGAGUUCAAAGGUGAAUCUGAAGACUUGGUUAGAGAGGAUACAUACAUAUUUGGGAAGAUGAAUUGGCCAGCUUAAGACCACUGAGUCGUUGACAAAAUGAAACAACAUCCAAAGAGGUGGUUACCAACCCAGAGGCAAAUGAUGGCCAUGCAGAGAGAGGCCACCAAAAGUGUUGAAGCCAACUUUCAUAUAUAUAUAUAUAUAUAUAUAUAGAGAGAGAGAGAGAGAGAGAGAGAGAGAGAGAGAGAGAGAGAGAGAGAGAGAGAGAGAGAGAGGAAGGUAGGGUAAGAGAUCAUGCUGGUUUUAUGAACCAGUUUAUAGAAGUGAAGCUGAAAUGCCUCACAUUUUUUUGUUGAGCUGCAUUAUCCUCAUGCCAAUUUGAAAGAGGCUGGCUUUGAGCUGAGCUGUAGAUAAACUAAUCUAGUUCAUGUGUUGGAAGGUAAGUUGCUAAUUUAGUACAUAUCUUAACUACA